CCCCUCCCGCUCAGCCAUUUGGUUCAGUCCUUUUCUCAAACCAGGAAGUAGUUGUUUAUAUUCCGUUGGAGUCAGCUGACUUGCAUUAGGGCCGUAGAUCUGCACAUUCAAAUGAAAAAUGCCCCCAAACUACCUGUAGAUUUACGCACUGUAGCUGCAGGAGCUAAUAGCCAACAGUUAGCUUAGCCUCUAGCUAACUGAGAAAGAGAAGAGAUGGACAAAAUUGCUAAAGAUGUUGGUGACAUCAAGUCUCGCCUGUUGGACCACAGACCUGUCAUCAAUGCAGAAAUUCGCUUCUUUGUCAGAGAGUUUGAGGAGAAACGUGGCAACAGGGAGAGCCGACUGCUGGAGAACCUGAACAAAAUGGUCCGAGAGGCCAACGAUCAAAUUGAAUCCGUGAACUUGGAGGAAACAAACCAGCAGCUUUCUGACGUUAUUAAACGGUUGGAAGCUGCAAACCAUGUGGCAGAAAGAGUCCAGCAGAGGGAGCUAGAGGCACAAAAGGGCAGCCAGCUCCAGGCAAACAUGGAGAAACUCAAAGAGGACUGGACCGAAUUUCUGAAGGAACAGCAGGUAUUAAAGGAAGAGGUGGAUGAGGAGCACGCCAGGGCCGUGGGAGAACUUGGCACCCGUUUCAGUGAGAAGAAGAAAGACUUGGCCCAGUAUUCAUUCAUCUGAGCGGUUUGAAAAGGGUGUGUGAAAACUGCUCCCUCAUUAUGUGAGGAGGUCACUACAGGUGUGGACAUCUGUUUUGCCUGUUUGAGGUUUUCAGUCGGAAAAAAACAGCAGAAAAACUCCAAGCCACAAAUAGGAACUUGAGAUUGACGUGUUUUACAGGCCCUUAACUUUUUUUUCUGCCAUUAUUUGUGACAAAAAUGACUGUUUUAAACAAGUUCUAAUAAAAUACGUCACCUGCAAAAUUUUAUCCUUCAGUAGUUUCCUUGGCUGGGAAGGUUUCAUCUUUCAAGUUAUUUAAUGGCCCCUGCCUGAAAGAUUUUUAAAGGUAAAUGAAUUUUUGAAAAGUUUGGAAACAAAGUGAAACAUUUUAAGAAAUUUUAAAGUUUAAGCGUUUGUGUGCAGAAGUUUGUACAGGUAAAAUUCUUUCUUUUUUUUAAUAAAAGUGGAUCAUUUCCCAGAUGAA